UUAUAAUAAUUGAUAAGAUUUCAAUUGCUGCUCAAGGUUUAGGUCAUUAUUCUGGCAUUCUGUUCAGUUGCUCGCGAACGUGAGAUUGCUGCCGGGAAAAAUCUAUCUGAAAAUCCGUGGGCCUCUUGAAUAUUCGUAAAGAAAAUAGAUCGCGACUAGUUUAUUUGAAUCUGACGACAAACUUGUAUAAUUCCAUGCUGUCAAGCUUCGAAAUGCUACCAAGAGCAAGUUGCAGACUCCAAGCAAUAAAUAUUCAUUAUCAAAAUGCAACUCUUCGAUUAUUCUCAUCCCAAGUACACGUCAACAGUAUCGAUUUAACAGCAAACGAUUUUAGAAGGAACUACGAAACCGCAUUACCUUACUCUGAAAUUCCCGGACCAUCAGCGUUUACCUUGAUGAAAAAUGCUUUACCCGGUGGUAAAUUGUUUGGCAAAGAAUUUGAUGUAAUUUCAAAAGAAUACCGACGAGAAUAUGGAGACCUCUUCAAAUUCCCUUCAAUAUUUGGCAGUAUGGAGUUCGUUGCAACCCACAAACCUGAAGAUUUUCAAACAGUUUUCCGAACUGAAGGACAAUGGCCCGAAAGAAUGGGGUUGAAAACUAUGAUACAUUACAGAACCAAAGUGCGUCCCGAUAUAUUUGGAAAACAUUCAGGACUAGCAAAUGCUCAGGGUAAAGAGUGGGGCGACUUUCGAUCAGCUGUUAAUCCAGUGAUGAUGCAACCCAGAAACACCAUGAUAUAUAUCCCGAAGGUAGAUGCUGUUGCAGUUGAUUUCGUGAAGAGAAUACAGCGGAUUCGUAAUGCCAAAACAAAGGAAGUGCCUGACAACUUCGAAAAUGAACUCAACAAAUGGGCAUUGGAAGCAGUGGCAGUAAUCGCUAUGGAUGCACGUCUUGGAUUGCUCCAUGAUAACUAUAAUAAAAGAAGUGCCAAAUUAAUUCAAGGAGCCAGGGAUGCAUUCAGGCUUAUGUUCGAAUUGGAAUUCAGGCCAUCCCUCUGGCGCUUCAUCAGUACGCCGAAGUUCAAAAAAUUUAUAGAAGCUCUUGAUGCGGUCACGGAUGUUAGUUGCGAAAUUAUUGAAGAGGCCGGAGAAAGAUUCAAUAAGAAACCGGAAAGCUCCGAAAAUCACGACGAAAGCGUACUUGAGAAACUACUUCAAAUCGACCCACUCCUCGCAAAGGUGAUGGCCAUCGAUAUGCUUUUUGGAGGAAUAGACACGACAUCUUCGGCGAUCACAAGUCUUUUGUACUUACUCGCCAAAAAUCCCGACAAACAGGAAAAUCUUCGUCAAGAAAUUAUGACAAAACUUCCCAACAAGGAUUCAUCAUUAACAGCUGAAAGCAUGAAGCAUUUCCCGUAUUUGCGAGCAUGUCUUAAAGAAAGCCUAAGGGUUCUUCCUACUGUAGGUGGAAAUGUUCGAACCGUUGCUCAGAAUAUAAUACUUCAGGGAUAUCAAAUUCCAAAAGGAACAACAGUAUCGAUGGGGACUGGUGCUCUACUCCGUGAAGAUGAACACUUUCCAAAUGCAAACAAAUAUGAACCCGAAAGAUGGCUGAAGAAGGAUGGCGUACCAGCUCCUGCCAAGUCUGCACAUCCAUAUAUUUUCUUGCCGUUUGGUUUCGGACCUCGUAUGUGUGUUGGAAAACGAUUUGCAGAAAUGGAGAUAGAAACACUUGUAGCGCGAAUUAUACGGAAUUUCCACGUUGAGUGGCAUCAUCCAGACUUGAAGUUUAAGUUUACAUCUGUCAAUGUGCCGGCUGAUAAAUUAUUAUUUACUUUCAAAGAUAUUUAAAAAUAAAGAAUGAACCUUCUACAAUUUUCAAAAAUGUA